AUGUACUCCGGCCACAUCCGUGAACCAACUAUUAUUUUAGAAGCAGUUGCUUCAUAUGAUAUUUGGACAUGGCAUUCAUUUUUUGGUAUAUCCGGUUCACAUAAUGAUAUUAAGGUGCUAGAGAAAUAUUUUAUUUUCACGGAACUUGCCCAAAGGCGUGCUCCUCCAGUCAAUUAUACAAUCAAUGGCAACGACUACACUAUGGGGUACUACCUUGCCGAUGGUAUUUAUCCUAAGUGGUCAAUGCUUGUGAAGAUGAUUCCAUCACUCCAAGGGAAUAAGAAGAAAAACUUUGCUGCAGUACAAGAAUUCUCAAGAAAAUAUGUCAAACGUGCAUUCAGGAUACUUCAACAACGAUUUGCCAUCGUUCGUGGACCUUCCCGAUUUUUCAAAGUCAAAGAGCUAAUAAAUAUAAUGAAAGCAAGUGUUAUUCUACAUAACACGAUCAUUGAAGACGAGCGUGAUGAUAGUCAAGGUCUAAACAUGGAGUAUGAUUAA